GACUACCGUAAACACCCGAAGAGAGACGCAGCUCUCUCCCGUGCUCGGCUGCUUCUCUCAGGCUACAGCGGGAUUGUUGUCAGGCAACCAGGGCAGGGCUCCCUUGGUGGGAAUGGAAGUUGUGGACUGAUCGACGCCGCUCACCGCUCGUUUAGGUGAGGCGUCGCUGCAGCCGUGUCCAGAGGACCAAGACCAGAGGUGCCGAGGGGCGAGGACCAGCCGCCGCUUCCCAACAUGUCCAAGGCCAAGAGCUCCGAGUCCGUCAAGGUGGUGGUCCGCUGUCGUCCGAUGAACGACAAAGAGAAGGCCUCGAAAUUUGACCGGGUGGUUUCCGUGGACGUCAAGCUGGGCCAGAUUCUGGUGAGGAACCCCCGGGAAGCCAGCGAACUCCCCAAAGUCUUCACCUUCGACUCGGUUUACGACUCUAACUCCAAACAAAUAGACCUGUACGACGAAACCUUCCGGCCUCUGGUCGAUUCCGUCCUCCUUGGCUUCAACGGGACCAUCUUCGCUUACGGCCAGACGGGGACAGGAAAGACGUACACCAUGGAGGGAGUGCGGAACGACCCAGAGAGGCGCGGGGUCAUCCCCAACUCCUUUGAGCACAUAUUCACGCACAUCUCCCGCUCCCAGAACCAGCAGUACCUGGUCAGAGCGUCGUACCUGGAGAUCUACCAGGAGGAGAUCCGGGACCUGCUCUCCAAGGACCAGUCCCACCGCCUGGAGCUGCGCGAGAGGCCCGACACCGGCGUGUACGUCAAGGACCUGUCGUCGUUCGUCACAAAGAGCGCGCGGGAGAUCGAGCACGUGAUGAACGUGGGCAACCAGAACCGCUCGGUGGGCUCCACCAACAUGAACGAGCACAGUUCCCGCUCGCACGCCAUCUUCGUCAUCACGGUGGAGUGCAGCGAGCUGGGCGUGGACGGAGAGAACCACAUCCGGGUGGGGAAGCUCAACCUGGUGGACCUGGCGGGGAGCGAAAGGCAGACCAAGACGGGCGCCCAGGGCGAGAGACUGAAGGAGGCCACCAAGAUAAACCUGUCCCUCUCUGCCCUGGGCAAUGUCAUAUCCGCCCUGGUGGACGGCAGGAGCAGCCACGUCCCCUACCGCGACUCCAAACUGACCCGCCUGCUGCAGGACUCCCUGGGGGGCAACGCCCGCACGGUGAUGGUGGCCAACGUCGGCCCCGCGUCCUACAACGUGGAGGAGACGCUGACCACGCUGCGCUACGCCAACCGGGCCAAGAACAUCAAGAACAAGCCGCACAUCAACGAGGACCCCAAGGACGCCCUGCUGCGCGAGUUCCAGGAGGAGAUCGCCAAGCUCAAGGAGCAGCUGGAGAAGCGCGUGGGCAAGAAGAAGAGGAGGAGGCAGAGGAAGAGGGCGGGGGAAGGAGGCGACGGCGAGGACGGGGAGGACGGAGAGACGGAGGAGGACGACGAAGAAGAAGCAGGCGACUACUGGAGGGAGCAGCAGGAGAAGCUGGAGCGGGAGAAGAAGGCCGUCCUGGAGGACCACAGCCUGGUGGCCGAGGAGAAGGAGCGGCUGCUCAGGGAGAAGGAGAAGAAGAUGGAAGACCUGAGGAGAGAGCGAGAAGUCGGAGAGAUGCUCGCCGCUAAAGUUAAGGCGAUGGAGAGCAAGCUCCUCGUCGGUGGGAAAAAUAUCGUGGAUCACACCAACGAGCAGCAGAGGAUGCUGGAGAUGAGGAGGCAGGAAAUCGCUGAACAGAAACGGAGAGAGAGGGAGAUGCAGCAGCAGGUGGAGAGUCGCGAUGAAGAGACUCUGGAGCUGAAGGAGACCUACAGCUCCCUGCAGCAGGAGGUUGACAUCAAAACCAAGAAGCUGAAAAAGCUGUUUUCCAAGCUGCAGGCAGUGAAGGCAGAAAUUCAAGACACCCAGGAGGCGCACAUCAAGGAGCGCCAGGACCAUGAGCAGAACCAGAACGAGCUCACCAGGGACCUUAAACUCAAACAUCUGAUCAUUGAAAACUUUAUUCCACUGGAAGAGAAGAACAAAAUCCUCAACAGGGCUUUCUACGACGAUGAGGAUGAGAGCUGGAAAAUGAAGCCCAUCACCCGCAUUGAGGAUGACCAUCAGAUGAUGUCCAGGCCUCCGUCUGCUGUCGGCUACAGGAGACCUCUCAGUCAUCACGCUCAAAUCGCCAUGAAGAUCAAGCCUGACAUGAGAUACAAAGCUGAAAACAUCCUGCUGCUGGACAUGGACCUUCCCGCACGGACCACCAAAGAGUACCAGGAGCCAGUUAUCGCCCCCAAGGUGGCAGCUGCCCUGGAGGACGCUCUGAGAGACGAGGAUGAGAUCCAGGUAGAUGCCUCUGGCUUCCACGGCAGCUUGGGACCAACCCCGCCUGCCAGCGCCAGCGGCAGCAUCAAGAAACCAAAGUCUGGCCGACCCAGAACAAGCAAGAAGUCGAGCACCCCGACCUCUCCCUUCAGCCCCUGCAGUCCAGGAUCCCCCAUUUACCCACAGUCCCGCGGCCUGGUGCCCAAGUGACGCCUCCGCCCAGCGCCGCCACCAACCGCCACCGUGCACCUUCCCACUUUAAGACUCCUAGAGGACUGGGCCGGUUUGGUCAGAGGCUGAAGCAAACCUUUAAGACUGAACGGUCUGAACCGUCACCACAUCACUGUUAACGGCUGCGACGCAUGAAGCCCCGCAUCACGCUACACUGAGACGGCCUCUCACCACCUCUGACUGUAUGUCUUAAACAUCGCAGCGUUCUUAAUGUGCAGACUGACCGUUUUUUUUCCCCUUGUGCUACACUGGGCUCUUUCAAAGCUGUAAAUUCAUGCGCGUGUAGGCGAUUUUUCACUGGUUCGGCUUUGUCGCAAAAAACGUUCUUUUAUCGGCCGCCAAGCUCGUUUGCUAAAGAUGAAGCCGGAGCUGUCGUUUUGAUUGUAUCUGAGAGGGGGAGAGAGCAGAAGACGCAACGGUUGCUGUCAUCAAUAGAAGCAGUUCUUCCUGAGGCCCAGCAGGGGGCGGAAAAGGAUGGAAGCGCGCUGUGAGUUCCUGCUGGGUUGGACGCUGCUCGGUGCAGACCAUCUCAGCAGGCGGCUAAAGCACCGCUUCAGAUGCAUCAGGGUUCCAAGGUGCCUUAAACCUGCAAUCCUCAACGUCCUCGUCCUGAGCGGGGGAGCGUCUCCUCUCAUUCAUCCACUCACUCGCUCCAUUUGGACACGGCAUUCAGCCGUCCGCUGGCAGAGGGAGCAUACACAGUCAUGUCUCAUAAAAGUACGCUCUUAUUCAAGUGGUGCUGGGUAACAAAAGAAUUGCAAAAUGUGCUCUCAGAAAGGUGCUGAAGAUAAGUGAUGAAGUGACUACAGCUACGGCCCCACCAGGUUCCACCUUCAGGUAAAUCAGAUUAACCCCUUUUAGGUGAUCCUUUCUCUCCGUGAUCUGUUUAGUACGCAGACUGGUGGGGGUGGCUUGAAGUCAGCACACUAAUAUUAGGCCUCUGAUCCACCUUGGCCUGUAGUCCCGACUCUGUCACCACUGCCAAGCGAAAAGCAUGAACGAGCAGGCUAUAACGAGAGAAAGACUGCAGCUACAGAUACGCGCCGCUCUGUCCCCCAGUCGCCCGUCUGAGCGGAGAAACGCCAUUUCUACCGCUUGAAAGGGGACGUACUUUUACUUCACCAUGACUGUGCACUCCCUCUCUAAUCACUUAUUCAUACCUCAUCUACCUUCUGUAUUCGUCUUCGAAUGAGAUCCCAGCACCCAAACUCCUCCUGCCUCUUCCACCACAGCUGGACUAAAUGUGGAGUUUGCCACAAAGAUCAGUGGAAACACUUGAAGGUUGCAGGCGGAAGCUCGACCUCUCUGCCUCUGUGCUACUCUGUUACUGUGAAGCGUGCGCUGUUCACUUGCUGCUACUGUGGAGGGGUCUCCAGCCCACUGUGACAUGUUAACAAGCCUGGGUCAACUUGCAAACUACAUCCUCUCACUUUGAUAUUUUCUGCUCCAUUGUUUCCCCCCCGGCAGCUGAAAGCUCUCCUGCCGUUUGACCCACGCCUGCAGAGAAUUUAGAUAUUUCACAUUGUAGACUUGCUGAUUGGCCAUUCUUAGUCACUUUUAAACAUGGGAAAGAGAAAAACAAAAAACAAUAGCCUACCAUAUUAAGAGAAAAAGUACUUAUAACUUAUUGAAAUCUUUCAUUUUUAUAUGCAGAUGUAGAUUUAAUUUUUAUAUACCUUUUUUUUUUCUGUGAAAUACUUUUAUUUUUUUUAGCUGUGUAAUUUAAGGUUUAAAGGAUUUAUUUUAGCGUCUGACAUGCAGUAUGUGUGUUUUCGAUUCACCGUGGCUUUUUCGUAUGUUAGGUGGAUAGCUAUCCCACAGGUCUGAGACUGAAGUGUGUAACUGCAGAAAAAUGCUGGAUUCUUGAAGCGUCUCAUGUAACUAACGUUGCAGAUCUGUAGGCGUGUCGCAUGAUCUUAGCAUGCUUAAGUAACACGUUUGGUUUUUUUAAUGUCUUAUUUUAGCGCAGCCAUUCUCUGUCUGGAUGUUACAGCGCUGGAUCCAAACAUUCUUACUUGGGUGACCAACUUUUACGCGCCGGUAUCGCUGUCGAGCCAAAACCUUGAUUCUGCAGUUAUGUCUGUGAUUGGUUGUCUUUUUCUUUGUUACUUUUUCAUCAUUAAAGGAAUUUUAGUGAGAAA